AUGGGUUUGCCCCAGAUCCUCCUCACCAUCUCCUGCCUGUACCUUGGCCUGGGUUCUGGCCAGUACACUCCAGACCUCAUCACCUCCUUGCCUGGCCUCUCUACUCAGCUCAACUUCCUACAGUGGUCUGGUUUCCUCCAGGCUGGCGAAGGCAAAUACUUCCACUACUGGUUUGUGGAAUCCCAGGGGAACCCAGCAUCGGAUCCCCUGGUGCUCUGGCUGAAUGGCGGUCCCGGCUGUAGCUCCUUGGAGGGACUUCUGGCAGAGAAUGGGCCCUACCGGAUGAAUGCUGAUGGGUCCCUCUACAUAAACCAGUACAGCUGGAACCAGGUGGCCAAUGUCUUGUACCUGGAGUCCCCUGCUGGUGUGGGCUACUCCUACUCCCUCAGUCGCAACUACGAGAUCGAUGACCAGCAGGUGGCUGCUGACAACUACCAGGCACUGUUGAGCUUCUUUGAAAAGUUCCCCACUUUUGCCAACCAUGACUUCUACAUCUUCGGAGAAAGCUAUGGGGGUGUGUACAUCCCCUCCCUGAGUGCACAGGUUGUCAACGGUACAUUAUCCAUCAACUUCAAGGGCUUUGGAGUGGGAAACGGACUGAGCAGCUACGAGCUAAACGAUGAUACUCUGGUAGAAUUCGGUUACUACCAUGGCCUCUUUGGUGACAACCUCUGGGCAUCCCUCAAAACCUACUGCUGCUCUGAGGGUACUUGCAACUUCUACGACAACCUGGGGGACAAUUGCUACAAUGCGGUCUCGGAAGCUUAUGACAUGAUUGAGGAUACUGGACUCAACAUCUACAACCUCUAUUCACCCUGCUGGGGGGCACAGGGCUACCAGGGGCGUUAUGCUGCUGACAUGAGCAACCUCUUUCGAAAAUACCAGUUCAAUGUGGCCACACCACCUUCAGAUGGUCCCAUCCCUGGAGUGCCUGAGUGCAUCAAUGCUACCGCCAUGUACGUGUGGCUGAACCGGAAUGACGUGAAGAAGGCCCUCCACAUCCCCGACUCCCUGCCCCCCACCUGGGCAUGCUUCGCUUCUUCUCCUUGUAGCCCCCAGGUUAGCUCUCUGUACCAGAGGCAGUAUACGGACAUGGCACCUUUCUACCUGGAGCUGCUGAAGCAUGACCUCCGUGCCCUCGUCUACAAUGGGGACACUGACAUGGCUUGCAACUUCCUGGGCGGGGAGAAGUUUGUAGAGGCCCUGAAGCAGCCGUUGGUGAGCUCCUACCAACCCUGGUACUUGAACAAGCAGGUGGCUGGCUUCUUUAAAGAAUACGAGAAGAUCACAUUCCUCACAGUCAAGGGCUCAGGACACAUGGUGCCCCAAUAUCGACCUGCUCAGGCUCUGAAGAUGUUUGAGAGCUUCUUGAAGAACACCUCCUUCUUGUGAUCUUCCUCAGCUGCUGGUAGGGCUUCCCAGAAGCUGGCAUCUCCCAUCCCCCACCACUCAAUCUGCUUCUCUUGGGGUGUCUCUCCUUCCACAAACUCCUUUCUUUCUCUGGAUGCUCUACACUGCUGUGAGCAAUAUGGUAGAUUCUGGGAGGAGGCAAGGGGGAAGGAAAAAAAGGCUAUGUGGGGAGGAUGCCUAGUAAGCAGUUGCCUGGAAGUCACCAGAAGCUGUAGGGUUCCACCAAGGGUUCUGCCCCCAAAUUGCUAUGCGACCUUGAUGGAGUCACUAAGCUCUACAGUCUUUGUUUUCCUGUCUGUAAAAUGAUAGGACAACAAUCUCAGGCUCCUUUCCUGCCUCCUAAAAUUGAUGGGGGGGAGUCCCUGGGUGGGGCAAAUGUUAACAUGCUUGGCUGCUAACUGAAAGGUUGGAGGUUUGAGUCCACCCAGAAGCACCAUGGAAGAAAGGCCUGGCAACCUACUUCUGAAAAAUCAGCCACUGAAAACUGUUCUACUCUAACACGCAUGGGGCCACCAUGAGUUGGAACUGACUCAAUGGCAACUGUUUAGAGUUGAUGGGAGGGGUGAGAUUCUUGAUAGUGCUUUGGCAAGACUAAACCUUAGCACAAAUUGUACUUUGAGAGGCUUUUUCACAUAAAGGAAACCUUGUAAAUGACUUCCUCACACCUCUAUUCCCUCUUUUUUUUUUAAACAGAUUUGCCUGGUUGUCUAUUGCCUGUAUCAAGACAGCAGGAUUGGAUAUUCUAUAUGAUCUACAGCCUAUUAAAAAGAAAUGUUUCCCUGGAGAUAGUUCUUUUAAAGAGCCAUUCAUUCAUUCAGCCAGUAUUUAUGGAAUACCUACUAUGUGCCAAGCACCAGGCUGGAGCUAACUAUCAAACACUCUGAAAAUACAAGCAAACUUGCCAAAAUGCUUUCUUCUUUAUUUGGACCUGGAGUCUGUUGUGUUCUUCUUGCACCACAGUUCACUGCUCUAAAACACACUGAGUGUCCUAUGGCUUCAAAAACAAAUACAGUGAAAGCUGUGAGACCCAGAACUCCACAGGACCACCUUGUUUUUCUGGGUCUCACAAGUUUUCCUCCUUUGACAGGGUGCAGUCACCACUUUUCUAUUGCUCUCUAUUUAGUGGAAAAUAUUUGAGUUUUCCUUCUCUGACAGGUUUCUACCUUACACAGUUUUGGGCUUUCACAGGUUUUACUGUUUGGGCAUAUCUCUGUCCUCAGGGCAGGGAAUGACGGUAAUUAAGCUCAGACUUUGGAGCUGGAAUGGGCCUCCAUACAGAGAUUCCUCAACAUUUUCCUCCAAAGAUCUCUGAUUAUUAUUUUCCCUAUGGGCUCCAAAUUUUGGAAGACUUUUGCGUACCAAAUAGUGAUAUACUUAUUAAAUGAU